AUGAGAUCAACUAUCAUCGCUAAUAGACUAUUCAGAACCCAAAGGUUCGUGAUGUUGAUCAUAGUAUCAUGUUUCUUCAUGAUGUUAUUGGUUUUAUCCAUCACUGCUCAUAAACAUAUCAAAGAGGCCAACUUUGAUAUUUAUGAUAAAACUCAAAGUAAGAUUAAUGAAUAUUAUAAUUCUAUUAAUCAUUAUUGGGGUGAUGAAGGUACUGAUUCAAAGAUUGAAAGCAAUGAAACUGUUGAGAAUCCUGAUGCUGAAGCGGUAAGUGGCUCAGAAGCCGGAAAAGCUGUUGAAGACAGUAAAAAAGGAAAUGCUGGUACUGAAGAAGGGGAAGUGGAAGCCAAGCCUAAAGUUGGAGCUGGAGUUGGAGCUGAACCUAAGGUUGAAGAUGAACCUACAGUUGAAACUGAAGUCGAAGCUGAAGAUCAAGCCGGAGCCCAAGUCGAAGCUCAAGUUGAAGGUGAACCAAAAGUCGAAGCUCAAGUUGAAGGUGAACCAAAAGUCGAAGCUGAAUUUGAUGCUGGUACCGGUGCUUCUAAAGAUGAAUCCGGGGAUGUUAAUAUUGCCCUCCAAGACGUUACUGAAUCCCCCGAAAACGCCGUUAAAAGUGAUAAGGACCCAGAUGGCUCUGUAAUGGAUAAAGUAAGUGGACCUUAA